AUGGCUCUUCCGGCAUCGCCUCCAUCAAAUGAACGGCACAUCUCUGUGUGUGGGAUGUGGUAUGUUUGCGAUAUCUGUGGCGAGGAUCUCGACGAAAAGGAGCCCGUAGUUGCACUGGCCGGAAACGCAAGCUCGACCGCUUUCAAGGCGGGCUUUAUCAACCCAUUUGGAACGGCGCCCGCCAGUGAACUGUGGGAGGCCAAGUAUGGGAAGUGGCAAAUAUGUCGAUCGUAUCGUUCAGACUGUUGGGAACACUUUAGACCCGUCAGACCCGGUUCCGUUGUUCACCCGGAUUGCCUCCAGGUGUUCAUGCGCAACUGCUCUGCCGAGGACGCGCUGGAUCGGCUCUACCAGACGUGUGUUUGGAGAUGUGUGCCUUGGGUAGGCGCCAAAGUCCCCGAGGUGCGGUUGGCGUUGCGGCCGGUCUGGCGCUGGCUCGAUUCUUUCCUCCUCUGUGCCGAGAACAACGGGCUGCCUGCGUUGAGGAGCUUACCCCAUGUUGCUCUGGGGAUUAUCAUGGAGUCACUACCGCGGAACCACCUCUUUUGGCGCUACGUCUCUGCGCUCGACUUGGCCCGACGCCUCUCCGAUUCACAGUUGCAGCCCCUGAGGAUCGUCCCGCUGGAUCGAUUGGUGUCAUGGGAGCGCGGGGCUGCCCCUGAACUGGUGUCGGAAGAUUCGUCUGACACGUUGCCUCCCGUUAUUCGCUUGACAAUCGAUUACGAGGGGCUGAUGAGGUUUGAGAGGCUGGCAGAGCGGCCAGGGUUCAGCCGACAACGGUUCGAUAACCGGGCGUUCGUUGUGGAGGAGGAGGACUUAUUCAACACCACGGUAGCGAAGUUCAAGAACGGUCUCCUCCAGUUGGCUAUGGCCGAUAGUAACGACGCCAAAGAUCCGGUUCUCGCAUUCUGGGACACGCCCACACCCCUUAACCUCAAUCAACAUCCCAUUCGCCCAGUCCCACGAGGACUAUGGCUUACCUUUCACACCAUCGAUCUGUCUGCCAUCACUGGCAUUACAUUGUUUCUCGACGGAAGCAGCCUUUUUGCAAUUCACCCGCAUACUCAAAGCCAGCCUUGUGCCAUGAGCACGUAUGCCGCGAUGAAGCCCCAUCACACCAUGCUCAGCUGGGGCCCUCUGGUGCAGCGCAGUGAUCUCGGAGAGUGGCUCGUCCCGAACGAUAGACACCGUAGCUGGCCGUCUUUCCUGAUUAGGACACGUCUGUCCGGCGAAGUGGUCAUCGGGAGGAACCGUGAGAGCGAAAGGCAUAACUACGCUUAUUUCCUCAACGCAUCGGACCAACUGCCGCGAACACUAGUGUACAGCAUCAGGUCCCAGUCGAGCUUCUUGGACACGUCCGUCUUUGCGGCACUCAACGUGGACGGGGUUCAGGCCGGGAGGAUUGAGGGAAGGCCGGCUUACCCGCCAGCCGACGUACACCCUACCAUGCAGCAUUCCUACGCACCCCUCGGAAACGUGGCCCGAGUUCGCGUCUUCUACCUGCCAAACAGCAGGACGUGCAUGGGCGUGCUGCUCUACUACGACAACGGUGGCCAGCGAGCGCUAGGUCAGUGCCGGCUGCAUGUCUAUCCGUCCGAAACGUACAUCCGGCCAUCUUCCAUCGCCUUUGUGAAGUGGCCGCUUUCCAUCCCCGUUGGGGAGUGGCUGUCUUCUAUGCACUCGGUGGAGGGCAUCUGCUCGUUGUACCAGAAGCAUGAAGCCAGGGACGCGAGGGUCCAAUUCAACGGGACUGGUCGACAGGAUGGGCGCGCUUGGUUUCAUUAUGCCAUGACAGGGACACUGGAUUGCUGGUUCACACCCUCCUCUAUGGAGCUAUCGCUCACGAUUAACGAGCGGCUCAUUCAGUGAAGCUGUUCCUUCCUUGAGCCGUUGACUGAUGGUUCAAGGGGGCAGGAGCGGUUAGCUUCCCGCUCGAGGGAAGGAGUCCCCCACGAUUUGAGCUGCUUAUAGGCCCCAAGCCGGAGAUCAACCAUCAAACAAUAGCUCAAGGGCCUUGAACAGUUUAAUUAAGCCAGCGGGGUGAUAUUAGCUCAAAGGGUGAGCCGUUAUACGUUUUUCAGUAUCCGGUAUAAACGGCUAAGAUGGCAUACCAAUGCCCCAAGAGGAGGACACGUCGGUGGGCGACGGUGAAAAUAUGACGGGGCUGCCGGCCAACAUUCCUCCUGAGCAGGAGAUGUAGGUUGGUAACGUUGGAGGUAGUAGGAUCUAAGUG